CAAGCACUCAUACGCACUCCUGGUCAAGUUCAAUGAUUAACUGCUAAGAUAACAAAGCUACAGUACUGCUUAGAUUGCAAAGAGAGCAAUGCAGUGGCAUAUGAAUAAGACAGGAAGGACGGACAGUUUGUUUAUCUGCUGCUCAUUUCACAUUGACAAAUUCACAUGGAGGACAAUACUACACAACCCAAGAAGAUUGAACUAAAUGAUGGCACAUACAUGCCACUGCUUGGAUUUGGAACAUGGAAGGCAGAGGGCAUUAGUGCAGGUAUGUGUCAGCGGGCCGCCGAGGCAGCGAUAGCUGCUGGAUAUCGUCACAUAGAUACAGCUCACAGCUAUAGGAAUGAGACAGACCUGGGCAAAGCCAUCCAAUCAAUGAUACAGCAAGGCAUCAUCAGACGUCAGGACAUGUUCAUCGUCAGUAAACUGUGGUGUACCCAUCAUGCACCUGAGGACAUUCCUCUGUGCCUAAACAGAUCUCUAAAUGACCUUCAGCUUGAGUACUUGGACCUCUACUUGGUGCACUUCCCGAUAGGACUAAAGAAAAUUGGCGAUGAGCUUUUCCCAGAAGUGGAUGGAAAGAUACUCACAACUGACAUCGACUAUGUAGAUGUGUGGAAGGGAAUGGAAGCGCUGAAAGCCACAGGGAAGGUGAAAAGUAUCGGUGUGUCUAACUUCUCAAUUGAGCAGCUGGAGAGACUGCUGUCUGUGGCCAAAAUCCCACCCGCUGUUAAUCAGGUGGAGCUUCAUCCUUACCUGGUUCAAUCUGAUCUUAUCGAUUUCUGCAAGUCCAAGAACAUUGCUCUGACAGCCUACAGUCCAUUCGGUUCACCUGGGAGACCUCCAAAAUUCCAAAGAGGAGACACAGAUCCCCGCAAGUUACAAGAGGAUCCUGUAGUUGUGGAUGUUGCAAAGAAACACAAGCGAACAGCUGCACAGGUUCUGUUGAGGUAUCACAUUGAACAAUGCAUUGCAGUGAUCCCGAAGAGUACAAAACCCAAUCACAUUUUAGAGAACACGAAGAUCUUUGACUUUACUCUGGAUGAAGAGGACAUGAAAGCUCUCAGGUCUCUAAAUCGUGGCUGGAAGGCUUGCAUCUUACCAGGACUGGAAUCACAUCCAUUCUACCCCUUCAAGUGAAACCCUUAAAGGCUAUAAAGCACAUCUGAAGAAAUAGAGUAUGAAGGAAGAAGAGAUUGCUGCAAUUGUUAGGUUUACCAGCUAAACCAUUAUAUUUUAACUAAGGCACUGAAAGUUCAAUAAAUUAAACAUUUUC